AUACGGUUGCGUCAGGGAAAUGUGUGAGGGAUUUUAUUUUACAUUUUGGCCCCGAUAAACCUCGUAAAAACAUCCGUAUUAUAGAGUUGUUUUGUAUUUUGAGGUCGUGGUGUGUCCCUUCUGGUUUUCCGUAGGUAAAUAAUCUGGUUUCAGGAUCCUGAGCGGUCGGUCAAAGUUUAGAGGAACAGGUACUGACUGCUUCAGAGCGGCUGUAACCUUCACAUUUCUCCACAAUGACAGCACGAAACAUAUCCCGGUUUUGGGAAUGGGGGAGGAAGAUUAUUUGCGUGGGGAGAAACUAUGCAGAUCACGCCAAAGAGCUGAAAAAUGCGAUUCCUACAGAGCCUGUCCUGUUCCUGAAGCCCCCUUCUGCAUAUGUACGAGAGGGCUCCCCGAUCCUGGUGCCCCUGUACACCAGCAACCUGCACCAUGAGGUGGAGUUGGGGGUGGUGAUCGGGAAAGGGGGCACGGCCAUCCCUCAGUCCGAUGCCAUGGAGCACGUUGCGGGUUACGCUCUCUGCUUGGACAUGACAGCCCGGGACAUCCAGGACGAGUGCAAGUCCAAAGGUCUGCCCUGGACCCUGGCCAAAGCUUUCAACACCUCCUGCCCCGUCAGCGAGUUUAUCCCCAGAGAGCGCAUCCCCGACCCGGGUAACGUCAAGCUGUGGCUGAGGGUGAACGACCAGCUGCGGCAGAGCGGCUGCACCUCCCAAAUGAUUUUCUCCAUCCCUUAUCUCAUCAGCUACAUCAGCGACUUCAUCACCCUGGAGGAAGGGGAUCUCAUCCUGACCGGGACCCCCAAAGGAGUAUCUGCCGUGCAGGAGCAUGACGAGCUGCAGGCUGGGAUCGAGGACGUAGUUACUAUGAGCUUCAGAGUUGACAGACAAGACUAGUAGUGAAAGCAAAAGACACGUGUGAUGAAGCAAAAGAAAUCCUCAGACUGAUGAGAGGAAAGUGAUUUUACUGGAAACUGGAAUCUUAAUUCUUUUAAACAUCUUUUCAGUAUCUGUGUGGAUCAGCAGAUGGCAGUGUGGGGCCAUCAAGACCAUAUUUCUGAUGAAUUUAAAGCUGCCUUGUGUACAGUGUUUGUACAGUGUAUUUGAAUCUGUUUUACUUCAUCUUUGCACUCAAACCAGGGAUAUGAAAAUCAUUCAUCAACACACACUGUCACUGUCUUUGUGUAAGAUUUCCAGUUGUGCAAGAAGCUUACUUAAAUAAAAAAAUGCAAUAA